GCCAUGCGGUUGCUUAGUCUGUGCCAAGAUGAAGUUCUCCCUGGGUUUCCUGCUGCUUUUUUUGGGCGCCACUCUGGUGGCCGCCGAUCAGGAUUAUGAGGGUUACCGCAUUUAUGAGGUUACCCCUUCGAAUGCUGAUCAGGCUAAAUUGCUGCACCAGCUGAGUGAGCAGGGAUUCGAUUUCAUCAGCGAGAGUCGCCUGCUGGGACAUCCUUCCCGUGUGAUCGUGAGUCCAGAUCAGUUGGAGCAGUUCCAGCAGCUGGUUCAGGGAGAGAGUAUCGCCAACACUCUGGUGAAUUCCAACCUGGGAGCUUCCAUCGCCGAGGAGUUUGCCCAGCGGCAGAUGCAGCGCCUUCUGGCUCCCAUCACGGGAAAGGGUCGCCUGAGCACGGAGCGCUAUUACACGCACGAGGAGAUCAUCAACUACAUCGACGACCUGGCCCAGAGGUUCCCGAGUCGAGUUUACGUCAGGACUGUGGGCUGGUCCUAUGAGCAUCGUGUCCUGAAGACAAUCACAAUCACCAAUGGCGAUGGCAGGUCUGGCAAGAAGCUGAUCUUCAUGGACGGCGGCUUCCAUGCCAGGGAAUGGAUUUCCCCUGCGGCCGUGCUCUACGUCAUCGAUCAGCUGGUGGAGCAGUUCGAGGAGAACGCCCAUCUGCUGGAGGACUACGACUGGGUCAUCCUGCCCUUGGUGAAUGCCGACGGCUAUGAGCACACCCAGACCGGAACCCUUGCCCGAAUGUGGCGCAAAACCCGGCAGCCAUACCAGUACGCCGGACAGACCUGCUACGGAGCGGAUCCGAACAGGAACUUUGACUUCCACUGGAACGAGGAGGGUGCCUCCUCGAAUCCCUGCUCGGACACCUAUGCCGGUCCGACGGCCUUCUCCGAACCCGAAACCAUUGUGGUCCGCGAUCUGAUGCACUCGCUCGCCGACAGGGGAGUUAUGUACCUGACCCUCCACUCCUACGGAAACUAUCUGCUGUAUCCCUGGGGAUGGACUUCUGAUCUGCCCGACAACUGGGAGGAUCUGGAUGCAGUAGCCCGCACCGGAGCCGAGGCCAUCGAGAACGCCACUGGAACGGUGUACACCUAUGGAUCCUCCACCAACGUACUGUACAUUGCUGCAGGAGCCAGUGAUGACUACGGUUACUAUGCCGGCUUCAAUGUUUCCAUCACCAUGGAGCUGCCAGGAGCGGGCAGCAUUGGAUUCAAUCCCCCGGUCACCCGCAUCGAUGAGUUCGUCACCGAAACCUGGAUCGGAAUCCGUGCCAUGGCAGAAAAGCUGAUCGAGAUGUACUAAACUAUUUAAAAUUAGCUUCUAAUAAAUUGCUAUCAUUACUAGCAUAA